AGCGUCAGUGGCUUGAGUCUCGGGGAAAAGCUCCGAUCUGAGUUUAGCAAUGGCGAAAUUAAACCCUAGAAUCGUUUCUCUGGUUCUUCUAAGUAUCCUCGUCGCGAUCGCCUCCGCUGAAGUUUUCUUUGAGGAGCGCUUCGAUGAUGGAUGGGGGAACAGAUGGGUUAAAUCUGAAUGGAAGAAAGAUGACAACACUGCCGGGGAGUGGAACCACACCGCUGGCAAAUGGUUCGGUGACGCUAACGACAAAGGUAUCCAGACUAGCGAGGACCACAGAUUCUAUGCCAUUUCGGCGGAGUUCCCUGAAUUCAGCAACAAGGACAAGACCCUAGUCUUCCAAUUCUCUGUCAAGCACGAGCAGAAACUUGACUGUGGUGGUGGAUACCUGAAGCUGCUCAGUGGUGAUAUUGACCAGAAGAAAUUUGGUGGAGACAGUCCAUACAGCAUCAUGUUUGGUCCCGACAUCUGUGGCUACAGCACAAAGAAAGUGCACGCAAUCCUCACCUACAACGAAACGAACCACCUUAUCAAGAAGGAGGUCCCAUGCGAGACUGACCAGCUCACUCAUGUGUACACAUUCAUCCUCCGCCCAGAUGUUACUUACAGCAUUCUCAUUGACAAUGUGGAGAAACAAACUGGCAGCCUGUACUCUGACUGGGAUCUUCUCCCAUCAAAGAAAAUCAAAGACCCUGAAGCCAAAAAGCCUGAGGACUGGGAUGACAAAGAGUACAUUCCUGAUCCAGAAGACAAGAAACCAGAGGGAUAUGAUGACAUCCCGAAGGAGAUCCCAGACCCCGAUGCCAAUAAGCCUGAUGACUGGGAUGAUGAAGAGGAUGGUGAAUGGACCGCCCCGACCCUUCCCAACCCUGAGUACAAGGGUGAAUGGAAACCCAAGGAAAUCAAGAACCCCGACUACAAAGGCAAGUGGAAGUCUCCGAUGAUUGACAACCCUGAUUUCAAGGAUGACCCAGAUCUCUAUGUCUACCCGAAAUUGAAGUACGUCGGGAUCGAGUUGUGGCAGGUAAAAUCUGGAUCAUUGUUCGACAACGUCUUGGUUUGUGAUGACCCAGAGUACGCCAAGAAGUUUGCUGAGGAGACAUGGGGCAAGCACAAAGACGCUGAGAAGGCAGCUUUUGAUGAGGCUGAGAAGACGAGGGAAGAAGAGGAAUCAAAGGAUGAUCCAGUUGAGUCCGAUGCUGAGGAAGAAGGAGGAGACGAUGAGGAUGAGAAUGGAGAAGACUCCGACAACGAAUCUAAGACGGAGGAGACCAAAGCAGAAGAAGAGGAGACAACCUCCGACAAGGAGGAAGCUGCCGCCUCUCAUGACGAGCUCUAAGCAUUUUAGAUUGGAAGAAGGAAGAUUCACGAGGACCCAAAUUUUUUUCUUUUUCCUUUUUUUUUUUAUUAAAUGGAUUUUGUUUAUAGGAGAAACAAAUGUGUGGUGGAUUAGUAGAAAACCCAAUCUUUGUUUUAGACAAAUCAUGUCGUCUAAUACAAGUUUUUAUCUCCUCUA